GAGAGAGAGUGUGUGUUUGUAUUUGUGACAAUCGGAUGUGUCACUUUCUCCCGCCAAUUUACUCUACCGUUUAUUUACGUUUUCAAGAAUACCAGACAACAUUGGAAUUAAUGAAUAUUUUUCUCAUAUACAUCAUCAAUUUUCAUCAUCUUUUAAAGACUAAAGGAAGAUGUACAGAACAUAUAUAACCAUGUUAUAUAAACCUGUUUUAAAGAUACUGUGAAAUACUUCUUCUCACAGAGAUUAUUGGCAAAAUUUCUUUACUUCCAUGUCUAAAAUGUGUGCAAGAUGAUUUGGGUUUGUACUUAAAUUUGGCAUGCAAAAGCACUUCUUGCAUCUUCAGAUAUUAAGAUUGCAGUUGGUGGAAUCAUCAUCACCUUCAUUAUCAUUUAACGUUCGUUUUCCACACUGGCAUAGGUUGGAUGGUUUGACAGACUCUAGCAAGCCAGAAGACUGCACCAGGUUUCACUGUCUGUUUUGACAUGGUUUUUUACGGUUGGAUGCCUUUCCUAACACCAACCACCUUACAGAGUGGUGUAUAGCAGAAGAUUUGUUUGGAAUAUAAUGUGAGAUGAAGUAAAACAUCUGUAAAUUGUGAUAGGAGACGAGAAAUUAUGGAAAAAAGUGAAAACAUUAUAAAUUGUAAAACAGAGACUCAAAGGAAUGAUUUUCUUGAUGAAAUGGCAAAAGAUAAAAGAAAAAAAUCACAUCCCUGUGAUAUCUGUAACAAGCCAUUCACUAGAAAAGACAGCCUUGCUAUACACAAACGUAUUCAUGCAGGAGAGAAGUCUUAUCACUGUGAUAUUUGUGGUAAAUCAUUCUAUCGAAAUGAUCAAUUAACUACUCACAAACGUAUUCAUACUGGAGAGAAACCAUAUCACUGUGACAUCUGUGGUAAAUCUUUCUCUGAAGGAACUCACUUAGCUGUACACAUACGCAUUCAUACAGGAGAGAAGCCAUUUCCCUGUAAUAUCUGUGGUAAAUUAUUUAAUGUAAGUAGUAACUUAACUACUCACAAACGUAUUCAUACUGAAGAGAAGCCAUAUGAGUGUAAUGUCUGUGGUAAAUCAUUCUCUAAUGGAAGUAUUUUAACUAAACAUAAAUACGUCCAUGCAGGAGAAAAACCUUAUCAUUGUGAUAUCUGUGGUAAAGCUUUCUCCCAGACAUUUAACUUAGCAAUUCAUAUACGUGUUCAUACUGGAGAGAAACCAUAUCAUUGUGAUAUCUGUGGUAGAUCCUUCUCACGAAGUCAUCACUUAACUACUCAUCAACGUAUUCAUUCAGGAGAAAAACCAUAUCUUUGUGAUAUCUGUGGUAAAUCAUUUUCACAAAGAGCACACUUAACUAAACACAAGUAUAUUCAUACGGAAGAGAAACCGUGUAACUGAUAUCUGUGGUAAAUCAUUCUCUCAAUAUCAGACAGUUAACUUCUCAUGUAUGUGUUCGUACAGAAGAAUAACUACAGCAAUAUCAACUCUCGUUCUUUGUAAGAGUUUCCUUACAUAACAAUAAAUGUAUUCACACAAGAAUUAAAUGAAAACAGUAUGACAAUGACCUUCUAACAGUAUUUCUAUAUUGGUGUCAUAGCUAAGCAUUCUGAUGUCUUUAAUAAAAAAGAGUCUUUCAGAAUAUUCAUCUGUGUAGUUCAUUUGACUUAUAUCCAGCAAGAAGAAAAGGUACUGUUAUUUGACAGAGUGGAUAAAUAGAUGAGAAAUAUAUUUUUGUAUAUCAGUGAUAACAUCACAUUCCAUUAUUGUUAGCAAUAUAUACACAACCAUAAGAGAAUAUAUUUCAUCAUAACAUUUUUUUUUCCUGCUUUAGCAGAUUCCCAUGGCUCUGUCGCAAUCCAAUUCCAUUAUUAUGAAUUUGAAUUGGGAACUUCAGUCAGUGAAUCCUUCAUUAGCUGAUUCAACAACCACGGAUGCUGCCCUUAUAGAUGUGUUGCAGUUACUCUCUUGAUAGAGCUUGCAUUC